AUGAUGUCAUCUAGACCAUUGAAAUCACAAUUUGAACGGAAGUACCCGUAAGCCCCAUUCUUUAUAUUUUCAAUUAAUUUCAAUCGCUGAUUGACAUAGAAAAAGCAAUCAGUUCCCCCACUCUGCCAUCUCUCUUUCCAACAAACCUUUCCAAACUGGAGAAAAACCUCUUCCUCCUAUUCCCAAAGCUUUAAAUGGAGCAAUUCAGCGCAUUUUACUUCGCAGACGGGACUCGAUUGCUCUUCCAAGGGUAAUGGGAAGUUUAAACCGUGGUAUGGAACGAGUUCGUCGACAUUCGUUAGUUGCUAGUGGUAGGUGUUUGACGUGUUUUCUCCUCCUCUAACCUUCACAGCAUUCAAUUUUACUAUCUUAUAAAUCACGAAUUUAUGAUAUAGCCACUAACAUCAAUAUCCGCAGGACUCGACCAUACAAAAACCAUCUUACCAGCCAUCACCAACACCAUCAAUUUGCCACUGCUCACUUCCUCUGAGUUGAGCCUGGAAUAUCUGUUGAGAAGAAUGACGUGGAUAACGAGGAACAUUAUGCCAAAGAUGAAGAAGCAGAAAUUGGUAUCGUGAUAAAGAUGACAAUCGUGUCUGUUCGAGCCCGGCUUAUUUAUAUUGGAUGCAAGAGAUUAGAUUCUUGA